AACUUUAUUUUCACCUUAAACACGUUUUAUUGUAAAGCUCAAGAACAUGAAUUGAUUGUUAAAUAUGAUUCAAAGUUGAAAUUGUUGUUUGCGAUCUGAAAGUAACAAUACAUGAACAGCAAGUUAGUGUAUCAGCUUUGUGUUAAUUUAUCAACAUGUCUCUUCGUCGAAGAACUGAUCCUUUUAUGACACAACGAAUAUGGGAUGCUAUCAAAAUAACUGUACAUCAAAGAAGUUUACCAAGUAAUGAUCGUAUGGUACGGCAUCUAGCUCGGGUGUAUGGAAUUACAGAGCAAGAAGCACAGGAAGAAUUAAAUAAAGCAGUUGAUGAUGGACUUGUUUAUUUAAAAAAAGUACCAACAAAGAAUGGUAUAGAACAAGAAAGUUAUAGAUUGCCAGGAGAUAUUAUACACAAUGAUGGUCAUGAUUGGUAUUGUUGCAAAUGCCAGAAAGGAGGAAUAGUAGAAUGUUGUCAACAAUGUCACAGAGUUUAUCACCCUGAAUGUCAUGUGCCUAGUAAUAUUAAAUUAAAAAUAUGUAGUUUCUGUGAAAGUAUAAAUAAUGACACAUAUCCAGAUAAAAUUGAUCUCAACCACAUUUUGAGUUUCACUUGUGGACAUUUGAAAGCAAAAUUACCACCAGAAAUUACAAACCGUACUAUUGUUUUUAACAAUGAUCCUAUUGUUACACCACCUAAUAGAUAUUCAGGCCCAACUUGGAUCAGUGAAGGAGAAGAUGCAUGGCGACCAGGUGUUCUGAUAAAACACCAUAUGGACUUAGCAAUAAUGGAUUCAAAAAUUAAAAGAAAUGAAUAUAAUAAUCUUGCUGAGUUUCAAGCUGAUGCUCAUAAUAUUCUACACAAUACUAUUGUGUACCAUGGAGCGCAUAGCGUAAUAGGAGAAAUGGGACUCACAAUGUAUCAAGAUUGCUGCUACGAUCUUCAAGAAAUUCGCCGUUGUGCUGAUUGCUACAGGAUAUCAAAUGAAAAAUCUGAAAAACUAUGGUUUUGCAUUCCCUGUAAUCCACCACAUCAGUUAGUGUAUGCAAAACAAAAGGGCUACCCCUACUGGCCAGCUAAAGUAAUGCAAGUUAAUGGCAACAUUUAUGAUGUUCGCUUUUUUGGAGGUCAUCACAUGCGCGCCAACAUCGAAAAAAUGUUCAUUCGUCCGAUUACUGCCAGUCUACAAAGUUUACAGAUAAAAAGAUCCACUGCUUGGAACAGAGCAUUUGAAGAACUGAAGCAUCAUCAGAACUUGCUGCAAAAGUUGGGCAAGAACAUCGAGGAUUUGGACAUCGGCGACGAUAGUGAGGGUCCAAAACCGACCAAAAUCCGAAAUAUAGAAUCAUCAAGUUCAAAAAAUACGACGAACUGUCCGAAUUCUGCGAAACAACUUUUCAAGGACUUAAGAGUUAAAGUUGAACGUCUUAGUUCAGACGGUCACAAUGAUAUACCACCAACUCAGGCAGGAACCGAACCCAAUGAGCGAUCGUCGAUAAAUAAAGCUAGAAGUGAAGAAAGACAAGUACCUUGUUUGCCAGUAGCAGAAGAUGAACCUGCUAGAGAGAUAUCCAGUACUUGUCCUCAGGGUUUGAAGAAAGAAGGUUCACAAGAAGAUAUGGUUACAUCUAGUUCUCAAGAACCAAGAACCAAAUGUGUUUUCGUGCAGACAGAUCAAAUACAAACAGAAACAUUGCCUGCAAAGAUAAAGAGGGAACGUAGAACUUCAGAACAACCAACUACAACCGCAUUAGAGAAGUUACGUCGUGAAUUAGAACUUGAAAAAUGUAAAGAAUUAGAAAAACUACAAGCUGAACAUGCUAAAGAAUUACGACAACUGACAGAUAGACAUCAACAAAUUAUAUCAGACAUAAAGAAGAAACAAUGGUGUUACAAUUGUGAAGCUGAAGCAAUAUACCAUUGCUGUUGGAAUACUGCAUAUUGCAGUACUGAUUGCCAACAAGUUCACUGGCAGCGUGAGCACAAAAGAGUUUGCCGACGUAAACGUUAAAUUAAUAA